AGUGUAACACCGGCCUAGAGGUUAGUUUCGACUAUGCAGCGUACAGUCGGUCAGAGAAAACAACCCAAACGAUCGCAGUGAGCGCGACUAUCUUGGCCGACUGCGUUCCGUAAUAGUGGGGAGUCUACAAACCGAAGGGGGAAGAACGCAGUAGCAACUUACACAACCGAGAGAAUUCAUCGUAAAGCAAUACACAAUACAAAUAUAUCGGUGUUUUGAUUUAGUGAAAAUGACCAGUGACGUUUGUACAGAUGGAAACCAGUGGUGCGCUCUAGUGAGUACGUUCAAACCCUAAACAAUUGACUAUUCUCGGAAGCGGCUAACACACUGCCCAUCAAUGCAAUAAGACAUUUACAGUGACAGCAACGAAUAAUACACUAAUCCACAAUGUUCAAGUUACUCGGAGGGCUCGCGAAUUACCUGAAGUACCGCGAUAUCGUGACAGAUUGUGCCAUUUUUCGCCUGCACAAUACCUUCACAUGCGCGCUGCUGAUGGCAUGCAGUCUCAUAAUCACGGCCAAUCAAUUCGUAGGCAACCCUAUUCAAUGCAUAGUCGAUGGACUGCCUACACAUGUGAUCAAUACGUACUGCUGGAUAUCGUCCACCUUUACGAUGCCCGAUGCUUUCAAAAGACAGGCUAUAGCAUGUUAUACUCCAAAAGUCCUGUGGGAAGCCUUCGAAGGGAAACUGAUGCAGACUCUAGUUAUGGGGCUCAAUAUUGGUGUUUGCCACGAGAAAGAGAAAAAUGCGAAAAAGGAAGUUAUUCUUGGAUAUAUCCAGGGACACAUGAAGUCCGAAGAACCUCAAGAGGAUAGAGUUGAUCCUAUGGUCUACGUCUUCCCAAGAGUCACGAAGUGCAUCUUCCACAAAUAUGGUGCCUCCGGAACGAUUCAAAAGCACGACAGCAUGUGCAUCCUUCCCUUGAAUAUCGUCAACGAGAAGACCUACAUCUUCAUUUGGUUCUGGUUCAUGAUCCUUGCGACCAUGCUGACGGUGCUGAUCAUCUACAGAAUCAUUAUCAUCGCUUGCCCCUCGAUGAGACCGAGGAUCCUCCAUGCCAAGAAUAGGAGUAUUCCAAUCGAAGCCUGCCGGUCUCUUUGUAGUAAAGUGGAUCUUGGCGACUGGUGGAUUUUGCUCAUGUUGGGAACCAAUAUGGAUUCUAUUAUUUACAGAGAGCUCAUUUCCGAACUGGUUAAAAAGAUUGAGCCAACUAGCAGUGGUCGUUGAACUUUGUUGAUAAGUUAGGUUAUUUUACUUUGCCAAUUUUUAAACAACAUUAUUUUCAAGUUUCAUACUUCGCCUCGACAAACAUGAGUUGAAUUUACGUUCCCUCAAAGAGGUUCUUUCGUGAGGUGCAUACAAUUUAAUAAGUGCGAUUGUGAUAUAUAGAAAUUCUUUGCAAUUCCUGAAAAUACGCCAAGCUAACUUAUAACUGAAAAAUGUGUAUUAUUUUAUACAUUACCGUGAAAUGAAUAGUACUGUUGCUUUUCGUUCAUAUUAUAGCUUUGUAUGAAAGAGGAAAAUCGAUUUGUCUCUCUAUUUGUUCGCACAUUCCAAGAAAUCGAUAAUUUCUACAUCAUACCAAGAUCAAAACUGAACAAACUAAUCGAAGAAGUCGCUGCGUUUCAGAAAAUAACAACAGUAAUAGAUUCAUCGAUGAAUACCGGUGAAGUUUGACAUCAUCUAGUUGAAGAUUUAUUGUUCGAUAUUCUUCUAAAAAUUAUAUUGUUUUAUUAUUCUUUGAUCAAUUAUACCAGUGAGAUCAGUGAAUUUUUGACUGAACUAGAGCACUGAAAAAUGGAAAUAUUUUUCCUCUUAUCUACUUACUGAAUUUUCAAAAAACGAAUAUAAAUGAAUGCCUUGGAUAGACUGUGGAAAUUUUUUGAAGAAUUUUACAUAUCGAAUUUUUUUGUAUACAGAUUGUGUGUAAUUUUCU